AUGAAGAUACCUGUACCAAAGCGAAUUCUCUACCUGUUAGUAUGUUUAUCUCUAUUUGAUCUAUCUGCUGAAAUCUUGGCACAAACAUUUCCAAUAUUGGCAGAUACGAUUCGAGCUAUGAAUAACCUCACUUUGAUAAAUCACUAUGGGAUAAUUCCAACAGACACAAGCAUAUCUGUUUUAAACUCGUUAAUAACAUCGUCAGAAACAGUUGGAACAUUGCUAUCAUUACUGUUUGUGAUUCCGUUGGCUGAAACAAAAGGAAGAAAAUAUCUUGUCAUUUACAUACGCUCUGCUCUGACAAUGCUUACUGCCGUUUGUCAGAUCUCUUCAGCAUUCUUCCAAGCCACCGAGUUCUAUAUUCUCAGUCAGUUCUUCUACGGACUUCAACAUCCUCUCCGAUCAUUUUUGACAUUUAUGUAUGUAACUGAAUGUGCACCUGACAAAAACAGAGGAUUUGCAUGUACAACACUGCUUAUUUUGAAUGGAAUCGUCAAAAUGAUAAUGCUACCAAUAGCGUCACCUUCAGUCUUUGGUAAAUCUGACACCUGGUUUGUGUUUCCAUUAACUGCUCUGAUAAGCAAUUUAUUAAUCUUAGUGCCAGUAUCCAAACUGCCAGAGUCUCCGAAAUGGUUGGUUUGUCAAAACAGGAUGACAGAAGCAAAAGAGUCUGUAGAAUACUAUCAUGGAAAAGAUUGCUUCUCAAGUGGCGUGCUUAUGUCACUCCUCAAAGAAAAAAACUUGACAGUGGAAUCUCACGUAACUUUGAAUCAAGUUUGGGAAAACGAUACUUUGAGAGAGGGUUUCAAAGUGCUGUUUGCCUUUUUGUUUUUCUUCCUUCUGGAUUCGGCUAAUGUUCAAUCAAUGUACUCUGUCCAGUUACACCAAAGUGUGGGAUUCACUGUUCAAGAGGCUCUCAACAUCAACUUGAUUCUUUCAAUUGUAUUCUUCCCAGCGCAGUUCCUUAGCACAGUUUUGUUAGACUGGAUUGGUAGACGUCCUGUCUUUUUCAUUUCAGCAGUUCUAAUGUACUUCGCAAGUUGGAUUGUUCUGAUCACCCAGUUGAUUGUGUUCUUCGUCGGUCCCAGUUUGCUAACCAAGAUUAUGUAUGUUUCUAUGGAGUGUAUUGGACAGAUAUCUAGUAACACAGGAGUCGCAAUCCUCAGAAUACUCUUCAUUACCGAACUUUUCCCACCUUCUGCACGAACAUCAGUUUCACAGGCAAUGCUAUUUGCAACUUUGGCGAUGAACUCAUCUCUAAUGUCGUCUUUCCCAGUUUUGUUUUCUUUUUUUCCACCGGGAUUUUUCAUGCCAUUUGUGGUCACUCAGCUGAUAUUUGGUGUGUACAUGUACAAACAUAUGCCAGAAACUAAAGGACGUACAGUAUGCGACAUCAUUGAGUCAAUGGAUGAGAAUGUUAUGUCUAGGACCGCUACACUUGUUGAAGAAAAGAUUCCUCUAAUUAAGUCUAGAGCUUGGACAUUGGCGGCAAAACGAAAUAGUAUACUUAAUAUUUCCAGAUCCAGGACAUUGACAUACGAUCAGAAGUACAUUCCCAAAAAUCAAAUAUAUUGA